AUGAGUUCGCGGAUGCACAAUGGCAAUGAUGUGUACGAGAAGGUUCGUGAAAUCGGAGAGCUCCGAAGCUGGAUUAUCUCAAUUCCACACACAAACACACACUAAAAGGGCAUUUUUAGGCGGAGGAAUACUGGAGUCGCGCCAGUCAGGACGUGAACGGAAUGCUUGGCGGAUUCGAAAGACUCCACGAACCCGACAUCGCCGUCUCUAAACGGUUUAUUCAGAGUUUGAAGAAAAAGGUCAGCUGGGUCUCGAAAAUGUGUUUUUACUACCCGACUGAAUAAGAAUUCAAGUUUAAUCCGCGAUUUUCAACCUUUUCGCGGUCAGACCUCAAAAAUAUUACCCUCUUGUCGUUGUUUUCCAGUCUUAAAAUCGAAUCAUUUUCUCUCACUCUUUUGUCAUGCCGUCAUGAUUUUUGCGUUUUGAAAAAGAUCACGAAUGAACAGCAUCACAGAUCGGAAUGUCGUUCAGUCUGAAUGGGUAGGCAUAUUUAAUGAGAAUGAAAGUUCGUUGCUCUUUUCUCUUGUUCGAAAUUCCGAAAAUAGGACGAAUAGUUUACACGUUUUCCAGAAGUUGUUUACCCGGUUCUGCAUAUCGGCUGUAAAAUGGAAUCAAAUGUCACCUCAAAUGAGAAAAGCCCGCGUUGAUUUCCAAUAUCAUCCGAGCAUUGUUUUGCUCUCCGCAACCCCGCGCACUCCCGUCUUUCUGUUUGCUCAACGGUGACGAAUUUCACGCCGUCGACCGCUUUUGGAGCAAAAAGCGAAAAGUCACCGAAGAAUUUGAAUUUUGCGGGAUCUGAAAGAAAUUUCGAAGAUUGACAAAUAACGAUGGAAGUAAGAAAAGCGAAAAAUGUCAUUUUUCUUCUCCGUUUUCGGCAAUUAAUUCUGUGAUGAAUGAUGGCGGAAAGUUUAUGAGUCGCGCCGAGAAUUUCACAAUUCUGCCCAAAAUUGUGAUGACAAUAGUGACGGGGCCGAAAUGGGCUAAUGAGCGGGGAACUUUCCGGGAAAAUGAAAUUAUUAAAGAUUCAAAAUUCGGCGUUUUUGUCAGGAACUGAUCGGCUCGAUGAACUAUGCGCUGGACUGCGGGGCGGGAAUCGGACGAGUCACGAAGCACCUGCUGAUGCCGUUGUUCAAGACCGUCGACAUGGUCGAUCUGGUCGAGGAGCUGAUCGUCAGCAGUGAUCAGUACAUUGGUCAGUCCCGAAGUCUUGAAACACGCCCUCCAAUUCUCAGCUUCAGGCACAGAUUCGGGAAUCGGCGAGAAGUUCAUCGAAGGGUUGCAAACAUUUGAGCCGCCCGAAAAACGGUACGACCUCAUCUGGAUUCAGUGGGUUUCCGGACAUCUUGUCGACAGCGAUCUCGUUGAUUUCUUCAAGCGAUGCGCGGUAAAUAUUGUCGAGCGUAAGAAAAUAUCAAUAAAAGUGAUAAAUUUCAGAAAGGAUUGAAAGCAGGCGGAUGCAUAGUGCUGAAGGACAACGUGACGAACAACGAAAAACGAUUGUUCGACGACGACGAUCACAGCUGGACGAGGACGGAGGUGGGCGGCCACUUCUGCUUCGGAGAACGAUCAAAAGAUGAACUAUUCAUUUUCAGCCGGAACUUCUGGAAGCAUUCGAAGGCGCGCAACUGGACCUGGUCUCGAAAUCGAUCCAAACCGGAUUCCCCAAGGAAAUCUAUCCGGUCAAGAUGUUCGCUUUGAAGCCGAGAAACGAGCAGAAGUCGGAGGAGAGCUGA